ACACACACACACACAGAGAGAGAGAGAGAGAGAGAGAGAGAGAGAGAGAGAGAGAGAGAGAGAGAGAGAGAGAGAGAGAGAGAUGGAGAGAGUGUGUUCCGUGGACGAUAUUUUAGGAACGUUCUGGAAGCUUGAGUCGCUGCAGGAUCCGAACAGCAGCUCGCAAUUGGACCUGCAGAAGAUGAUGACGUCAACCGCGUUCUCAUCAUCCAUGUCUACGAGGAUGCACAGGAGCGCGUCGGAGUGGGCUUUUCAAGAGUUCUUGAAACUCCAUGAAGGAGGUUUGAGUCUAUCGUUGGGAGGAGGGGGAGGGGGAGGAGGAGGAGGAGGAGGAGGAGGAGGAGGAGGAGGAGUUGGUGGAGCGCUUGUGGCGGCUGCUGCCACUUGUAGUCAGUUGCUGGGCGGAGAGACUGCCACUUGUCACAAUUUGUCAGAGCGAUGCCCCGCCCCUCCUCCUCUAUCUAGCGCCGCGGGAACUUCAACGACGAACGGAUCUCUGUCAUCUGCUUCCGCUUUUUAUGUGCCACAUGGGAGAGGAGGAGGAGGAGGAGGUGGUGGUAUGGUCGGGCUGAUGUGGCAAUCAGGAGCACCGGCUGCGAGUGCGGGAGGAGGAGGAGGAGGAGAAGGGGCGGGGGUGGUGGGAUUAGCUGAGAACCUCAAGCAGGGGGGUUCGGUAGGGGGGUAUCGAUGCUUGCAGCAGCAGCAGAGGGGUGGAGCAGCAGAGGAGAGAGAGGCAGUGGAGGGAAACGAGGUGGUAGGGAGAGAAGGAGGAGGAGGUGGUUGUAGGGUGGUGGCAGGAGGAGGAACAACAGCAGGAGGAGGAGGAGGAGGGGGAGGACGAGGGGAUGGGAGAGGAGGAGGUACGGUGGUUGCAGGCGUACUAAGGCAAUUGAGUAACGCUCAGAGGAACAGUCGAAUAGAGGAAUGGAGGUGGUGUGGGGAGGAGGAGGAGGGGGGGGCAGGGGGUGCAGGUGGGGGGUCUGCCGCUGCGCAAGGUCGUAGUACUCUACCUUUGAUUGCGGAAUUCCGUGGAGAUGCUAAUGGACAUGUAAAUGGCGAUGAUCGUGGUCAUCAUCUAGAUCAAAGGGAGAGUCAAAAUGGAGGAGGAGGAGGAGGAGGGGGUUUGGGAGGGUAUCUUAGCUCCGCGGAGUUGACAAAGAACGGAGCUGCGGACGACGCGGAGCUGAGGAAAAGAGACACAGCUUUCAGGGAAAGGCUGGCUGUGGCCUGUGCAGUAGCGUCCACUAUGGUCGCACAUCCAAGGAGGAUUGGAUUAAGCGGCUGAAUCGGACCGGGUUUUAAACGGAGAUGCAGAAAAGCAGAACAAAAGUCGCGAGAUUCU